AUGAACCCCCCAAACACCAACCUCCGCGCAUUCCAGCUCGCCGUCCAAACCCUCCUGAAAUCCCCGGCGCACUUCCUCCCGCACCUCACCAUCCCAACAAUCACUUCCCUCCCCGAACAGCUCGGCCCAGCCCUGCAACAAGCCAUCCACGAAAAGCCCCCAAACGAAAAAGACCACGCAAUAACCAUCCGCGCCCUCGUCCUUGACAAAGACAACACCCUCUGCCCAUCCAAAACCACCACGCUCCCGACGCCCAUCUACGAAAAACUGCACCAUCUACGCACCUCACCGACCUCGCCCUUCAAUCGCGACGCGCACCCGGACGCGAUCCUGAUCGUCUCGAACCGCGCCGGGUCGCACCCGCGCUACGACGCUGAGAUCGCCGACCUCGAGGACCGGCUGGCCAGUCUGCGGAUUCCCGUGUUCCGGCUGCCGGCCGGGUGCGAGAAGAAGCCGUUCUGCGGGGAGGCGGUGGUGCGGUGGUUUCGGGAGCGCGGGGUGGUGACGCGCGCGGAUGAGAUUGCCGUCGUGGGGGAUCGGUUGGGCACGGAUGUGCUGAUGGCGGCCAGGAUGGGGUCGUGGAGUGUGUGGUGUCGCGAUGGGAUUGCCGAGGGCGGGGAUCCUCGUCGCAAUGUGCUGGAGAAGAUGGAGGUGUGGGUGGAACGGUAUCUGCGGGAGUCGAGGGGGCUGAAGGCGCCGCCUCCAGCCGGAUGGAACCAGUCAUGA